AUGGUACCAUCUGUACAAGCCACCUUCAAUCAAGGAAUAGGUUUCUGACAUGUUAUGCAAUUUCUGUUCAAAUAGAAUGCUUGGGAUUGCUUAUGUUUUUAACAUGCAUUCAAUGACUUUGUCAUACACACAGUCAUGGAUGGCUUGUAUCUUAUAUCCCAAGGAUGUGUUUCAUGAUAAUGUUUUAUUACAGAACUUAAGUCUGUUCUGUCGGAUAUGUUUUAUUAAGGGAAGUCUGUCCUGUUGCAGACUGCAUACCAUACAAAAUAUCCCAGUGUGAGUGUGUGCUGUGUGUUUCCAUGUGAUAUUGUGUCUUCAUGAAGCCCUGCUGUGAUCCUCCCCAGACGUGGAUAGAGACGUGCGCAGGCUGAGUUACCAGGACCCCCUGUCGUAUGGGGAUGAGAAGCGGGGCUCCCUGGGGUCCCAGGAAACGGCUGAGGGUCUGGACGGUCCACCACGGGAGGGCUCGCUGGACAUGAGCCGCCAGGCCACUGAGGGGAGCCUGGAGAUGGAGGCCGUGGACAACCAAGGUUACGACAACAACGACCCCAUAGACAGCUCCUCCACAUGGAGCGCAGAGGUACUGCAGCCAACGAGCUCCCGCUGUCACCUUGGGCCUGGUGAACCAAUAUUAAGGGCCCAGAGGUUUCCUGAUCAGGUUAUGGAAACACUCCUAGCCCUACCAAUAACAUACAGUAUCUUUGCUAUACAGAGAAGCAGAAUUUCUUAUCAAGGGAAAUGUUGGUUGACAGUAAGAGGCAGCAAUGUCCAUCAUGCCAUGGUGUCAAUACUGAUGGGAAAUCUGACAAAGAGAAGAUGUUUUGCAUUUGACCCACAGUGUUUUCCUGUCAGAUGAAUUCAGGGCAUACCAAAACAAGGCUGUCAUGAGGCCCAGGAGCACAUUGGGAGAAGUACAUAACUCCUUCCCUAUGCCUCAUAAAUAUUUAUUAAAUAUGUGGCAUAACCUGUUGCUGUAAAGCGUUACUGAGUGUUGCUAAUGGCUUUUCGUGCGUUAGUCUGUUACUUUGCUAAACACUAAUGUGUCAUGAUUGAUUAUGGCCCCAGUUGGGGUGAGGUGAUAGCGAGUGAUGCUGGCUAGCACUGCAGGCUUCCAGCCCAUGUCAUUGUCUGCCCAGACCCAGGCCCAGAUGGGAUUUUGCGACAACUUGUCGCUGUGUGUGUGUGUAUGUGUGUCUGUCAUGAAAGUGCCUCUUAGCAACCAAACCAUGCAGUGAAAUGGAAAGCAAUAUGUGCAUGAGUAUCCUACUCACCUCUUUCACAUUUUAUCCCACUCACUUUCUCACAUAGAACAUGGUAUGUGGUUCCACCAAUUCAGAGCCUUUUGAGAAGUGUAACUUGGUAAAAAAAAAAACGUUGAUUUCACCUAAUUAUAACAUUCUGUCAUAGAGACCUCAUGUUCAACUUAAUAAAAAACUAGUUUUCCCAUCUCAAAAAUGACUAUAGUCAUUGCCUAUUAAGUGCCAAAGAAAGUAACAGGGUUGACCGUAACAAUUGGCAAUUGAAUGAAAGCUUCACAAAAAAAAUAGGUAAUUGCUAAACAUUUAUUUUCUGUUUAUCUAUGGGUAACAGGGUUGACGUUAUGCUCGACCUGCUCAGUUUUCCACCACAAAACACCAGGAAAUUGCAAAAAAAUUGUAGGAGCAGCUCACCUGCUUUUACACUAUGAUUUGACUAUUAGAUGUUCAAUGUUUCUUUUGUAAAAAAAUUAAUAAUAAUAAUAGUUUCGGCCUCCCGAGUAGCGCAGCGGUCUAAGGCACUGCAUCGCAGUGCUUGAGGCGUCACUUCAGAACCGGGUUUGAUCCAAGGCUGUGUCACAGCCAGCGGCCGGGAGACCCAUGAGGCGGCGCACAAUUGGCCCAGCGUCGUCCGGGUUAGGGGAGGGUUUGGCCGGCUGGGAUGUCCUUGUCCCAUCGCGACUCUUGUGGCGGGCCGGGCGCAUGCAAGCUGACUUCGGUCACCAGUUGUACAGUGUUUCCUCCGACACAUUGGUGCAGCUGGCUUUCGGGUUAAGCGAGCAGUAUGUCAAGAAACAGUGCGGCUUGGCAGGGUCGUGUUUCAGAGGACGCAUGGCUCUCGACCUUCGCCUCUCCCGAGUCCGUAUGGGAGUUGCAGCGAUGGGACAAGACUGUAACUACCAAUUGGAUAAGGGGUACAAAAAAAAUAUUUGUUACAAAAACAUACAGUGAGGGAAAAAAGUAUUUGAUCCCCUGCUGAUUUUGUACGUUUGCCCACUGACAAAGAAAUGAUCAGUUUAUAAUUUUAAUGGUAGGUUUAUUUGAACAGUGAGAGACAGAAUAACAACAACAAAAAUCCAGAAGAACGCAUGUCAAACAUUUUAUAAAUUGAUUUGCAUUUUAAUGAGGGAAAUAAGUAUUUGACCCCCUCUCAAUCAGAAAGAUUUCUGGCUCCCAGUUGUCUUUUAUACAGGUAACGAGCUGAGAUUAGGAGCACACUCUUAAAGGGAGGUCCCGUCCGGUGGACAUAGAGGUAGAUAGCCAGGAGAUGGGCCUGGCUCGAGGCUAGCUCAAGGCUAACUGGUACGUCGGGAAGUGGUGAUUAGCCAACAACAGCCAUUCGGUUGCAGCUAGCCUGGACAAUUAUCAGCCAGUCUGCACAGCGUACUAUUGACCCAGAGCAUAUCGGAUUUUCUGCCGGAAUCACUGAAUCACUGGACCUUAACACCGGACUAUCGCAACUAGCUAGCUGCAACCGAAUGGCUGUUGUUGGCUAAUCACCACUUCCCGACGUACCAGUUAGCCAUGAGCUAGCCUCGAGCCAGGCCCAUCUCCCGGCUAUCUACCUCUGUCAACCGGAUGGGACCUCCUAGUGUCGACACGAAGCCCCGCCGAUCCAUCACGACUGGUCUGCCGACGUAAUCGUCUGAUGUGGUUUCAACAGGCUUCCCGUUGCGACGACCACGAAGAUCCAUCUGCUAGCCCCGGCCCGCUAGCAUGCGCAAUCAACAGCCGAGCCUCCUGCUCGCCUGUGCUUUAGCAGCCUACGAUCUGCUCCCGGACUUACGUGGUGCUGUUCACUGGACCUUAUGAUCACUCAGCUGCACAGCUAAUGCCUGCUGGACUGUUCCUUUACACGGUACCCCAUCCUGUUUAUCUGUUUAGCCUCAGCCCAAACUUUCGUCGUCAUUACCAGUUGUUGUCUUAGCCCUCUCGAAUAACACCUGUGAUUGCGUUAUGCCUCUCUCCCAUGUCAAUAUGCCUAGCCUAUUGCUGUUUGGGUUAGUUCUUAUUAUACAAUUUCACUGUAGAGCCCCAAGUUCAGCUCAACCAGCCUCAGAGAGCUCCUUUGUCCCACCCCCCAUACACGCGGAGACCGGCUCAAUCGGUGCCUCCAGUGAUGCUAUCUCUUUCAUAGUUACCCAAUGCUUAGUUGUACCUCCACUGUACUCAUAUCCUUGUCUGUACAUAAUGCCCUGAAUCUAUUCUACAACGCCCGGAAAUCUGCCCCUUUUAUUCUCUGUACCCAACGCACUAGAAGACCAGUUCUUAAAGCCUUUAGCCGUAUCCUUAUUCUAUUCCUCCUCUGUUCCUCUGGUGAUGUAUAGGUUAACCCAGGCCCUGUAGCCCCCAGUAUCACUCCUUCUCCCCAGGCGCUAUCAUUUGUUGACUUCUGUAACCAUAAAAGCAUUGGUUUCUUGCAUGUUAACAUCAGAAGUCUCCUCCCCAAGUUUGAGUUAUUCACUGCGUUAGCACACUCCGCCAACCCUGAUGUUCUAGCAGUGUCUGAAUCUUGGCUUAGGAAGGCCACCAAAAAUUCAGAAAUUUCCAUUCCGAACGACAACAUUUUCCGUCUAGAUAGAACUGCCAAAGGGGGCGGAGUUGCAAUCUACUAUAGAGAGAGCCUGCAGAGCUCUAUCAUACUAUCCAGGUCUGUGCCCAAACAGUUUGAGCUUCUACUUCUAAAAAUCCACCAUUCCAGAAAUAAGUCUCUCACUGUUGCCGCUUGCUACAGACCCCCCUUAGCGCCCAGUUGUGCCCUGGACACCAUAUGUGAAUUGCUUGCCCCCAUCUAUUCUCAGAGUUCGUACUGCUUGGUGACCUAAACUGGGAUAUGCUUAACACCCCGGCCAUCCUACAAUCUAAACUAGAUAUCCUCAAUCUUACACAAAUUAUCAAGGAACCUACCAGGUACAACCCUAAAUCCGUAAACAUGGGCACCCUCAUAGAUAUCAUCCUGACUAAUUUACCCUCUAAAUACACCUCCGCUGUCUUCAACCAGGAUCUCAGCGAUCACUGCCUCAUUGCCUGCGUCCGUAAUGGGUCCGCGGUCAAAUGACCACCCCUCAUCACUGUCAAACGCUCCCCAAAACACUUCAGCGAGCAGGCCUUUCUAAUUGACCUGGCCCGGGUAUCCUGGAUGGAUAUUGACCUCAUUCCGUCAGUAGAGGAUGCCUGGAUGUUCUUCAAAAGUGCUUUCCUCUCCAUCUUAAAUACGCAUGCCCCAUUCAAAAAAUUCAGAACUACGAACAGAUAUAGCCCUUGGUUCACCCCAGACUUGACUGCCCUUGACUAGCACAAAACCAUCCUGUGGCGUACUGCAUUAGCAUCGAACAGCCCCCGUGAUAUGCAACUUUUCAGGGAAGUCAGGAACCAAGUAAAGGCUAGCUUUUUCAAACAGAAAUGUGCAUCCUGUAGCACUAACUCCAAAAAGUUUUGGGACACUGUAAAGUCCAUGGAGAAAAAGAGCACCUCCUCCCAGCUACCCACUGCACUGAGGCUAGGAAACACUGUCACCACCGAUAAAUCUACAACAAUCGAGAAUUUCAAUAAACAUUUUGCUACGGCUGGCCAUGCUUUCCACCUGGCUACCCCUACCCCGGCCACCAGCUCUGCACCCUCCACUGCAACUUGCCCAUGCCGCCCGCUUCUCCUUCACCAAAAUUCAGAGAGCUGAUGUUCUGAAAGAGCUGCUAAAUCUGGACCCCUACAAAUCAGCUGGGCUAGACAAUCUGGACCCUUUUUUUCUAAAAUUAGCUGCCGAAAUUGUCGCAAACCCCUAUUACUAGCCUGUUCAACCUCUCUUUCGUAUCGUCUGAGAUCCCCAGAGAUUGGAAAGCUGCCGCAGUCAUCACCCUCUUCAAAGGGGGUGACACUCUAGAUCCAAACUGUUACAGACCUAUAUCCAUCCUGCCCUGCCUUUCAAAAGUAUUUGAAAGCCAAGUUAACAAACAGAUCACCGACCAUUUCGAAUCCCACCGUACCUUCUCCGCUAUGCAAUCUGGUUUCCGAGCUGGUCAUGGGUGCACCUCAGCCACGCUCAAGGUCCUAAACGAUAUGAUAACCGCGAUCGAUAAAAGACAGUACUGUGCAACCGUCUUCAUCGACCUGGCCAAGGCUUUUGACUCUGUCAAUCACCGCAUUCGUAUUGGCAGACUAAAUAGCCUUGGUUUCUCAAAUGACUGCCUCGCCUGGUUCACCAACUACUUCUCAGAUUGAGUUAAAUGUGUCAAAUCGGAGGGCCUGUUGUCUGGACCUCUGGCAGUCUCUAUGGGGGUGCCUCAGGGUUAAAAUCUCGGGCCGACUCUAUUCUCUGUGUAUAUCAAUGAUGUCACUCUUGCUGCUGGUGACUCUCAGAUCCACCUCUAUGCAGAUGACACCAUUUUGUAUACAUCUGGCCCUUCAUUGGACACUGUGUUAACAAACCUCCAAACGAGCUUCAAUGCCAUACAACACUCCUUCCGUAACCUCCAACUGCUCUUAAACGCUAGUAAAACUAAAUGCAUGCUCUUCAAUCGAACGCUGUUUGCGCCCGCCCGACUAGAAUCAUUACUCUCGGCGGGUCUGACUCAGAAUAUAACUACAAAUACCUAGGUGUCUGGUUAGACCGUAAACUCUCAUUCCAGACUCACAUUAAGCAUCUCCAAUCCAAAGUUAAAUCUAGAAUCGGCUUCCUAUUUCGCAACAAAGCCUCCUUCACUCAUGCUGCUAAACAUGCCCUCGUAAAACUGACUAUCCUACCAAUCCUUGACUUCGGCGAUGUCAUUUACAAAAUAGCUUCCAACACUCUACUCAGCAAAUUGGAUGUAGUCUAUCACAGUGCCAUCCGUUUUGUCACCAAAGCCCCAUAUACUACCCACCAUUGUGACCUGUAUCCUCUCAUUGGCUGGCCCUCACUACACAUUCAUCGCCAAACCCACUGGCUCCAGGUCAUCUAUAAAUCACUUCUAGGCAAAUCCCCGCCUUAUCUUAGAUCAUUGGUCACCAUAGCAACAUUUUUUUAAACAUUUGAGUCAUUUAGCAGAUGCUCUUAUCCAGAGCGACUUACAGUUAGUGAGUGUAUACAUUAUUUUAAUUUAUUUUAUUUUUUUCAUACUGGCCCCCUGUGGGAAUUGAACCCACAACCCUGGCGUUGCAAGCGCCAUUCUCUACCAACUGAGUUACACGGGACUACCCACCCGUAGUAUGCGUUCCAGCAGGUAUAUCUCACUGGUCAUCCCCAAAGCCAACACCUCCUUUGGCCGCCAUUUGCUGCAAAUGACUGGAACGAACUGCAAAAAUCUCUGAAGCUGGAGACACUUAUCUCCCUCACUAACUUUAAGCAUCAGUUGUCAGAGCAGCUUACCGAUCAUUGCACCUGUACACAGCCGAUCUGUAAUUAGCCCACCCAAUUACUUCAUCCCCAUAUAGUUAUUUACAUAGUUAUUUAUUUUGCUCAUUUGUACUCCAGGAUCUCUUUUUGCACAUCAUCUUCUGCACAUCUAUCACUCCAGUGUUAAUACUAAAUUGUAAUUAUUUUGCACAAUGGCCUAUUUAUUGCCUUACCUCCAUAACUUACUACAUUUGCACACACUGUAUAUAGAUUUUCUAUUGUGUUAUUGACUUUACGUUUUGUUUAUUCCAUAUGUAACUCUGUGUUGUUGUUGUUUUUAUCGCACUGCUUUGCUUUAUCUUGGCCAGGUCGAGGGUUGUAAAUGAGAACUUGUUCUCAACUGGCUUACCUGGUUAAAUAAAGGUUAAAUAAAUACAAUUUAAAAAAUAAAAUAAUAAUAAUCUUCAGAAAUGACUUUGGCAAAGCAACAAAAUAACUAGGGCUUUACAAUUAUGGUGAAACGUUGAGAUUUUUAAAAAUUAAAUGGGUAGAAAUCUUCCUAGGACUGACACAAGGUUGACAGAGGGACAUGUCAAAAUGCAGAAUUUUGGCACUUUAGCAUAUUGGUGCACAAUUUUGUAUUUCAAAUCUUAGAAGUGACACAACCAUAGGACAACCAUGCUCUCACCAAGCUCUAAGAAACAUAUGGUUCUCAGAACGGUAUGUGCUAGCUGGGAUAUCUAUUAGUUGUGUCUUUCCAUGAAAAGAGUCCCUUUUGCACUCUUUUCAUAGAAGACCCAGCAUAUAGAUUUUCUUAGAGCUUGGUGAGAGCGUGGUUGUUCUAUGGUUAUUUUGCAUACAACCUUCCCACAACUUUCUGGGAAUGGUGCAGGAUAGUUGCUUGGCUUUGGAAUAUUCUCAGCAUAUUUAAGGAACUUGACAAAUAUAAAAAUGUUGGUAUUUCAUUACUUUCACAGAACGUUUCCUAAAUGUUCAGAAAUUGUACAUUUAAUUUUGGUAAUGUUCUAGGAACAUUCUCCAACAAGAAAACGUUCCAUAAAAAUCACAAGAAAACAUUAGUAACGUUCUAAGUUAUUAAAAAACAUAUACAUUCUGUUCUCAGCGUCAACAAAACGAUUCUCUAUCUUGUUAAGUGUGUUCGUGUGUUGGCUGCUCCACUAAUUGUGCACACCUGCCCUUAAUGAGUGCUUGUUUACUUUGAAAUAGGUACUGUUUGAAUAGACUAAAAUGAACAGCUUUGUAUGAGUUAAAAAUAAAUGUGUUUGCAUGAUUAAUGCCUAAGCAAAUGAAUGUAUAUGUGUCCUAUCUGUGCUUGGAGUUCAAAACAGUUAAACUAAGCUAGCAGUGUUAUUAAAAGUCUUACUGACUUUCAGUUAAAGUUUUAAGGAAGUUAUUCAAAAUCCUCAAAAUAACCUUUACAUUUUGUUUUCUCGGAACGUUAUUUAAUUAUCUUCAAAUAACCUAAAAUGUCCAUUCUCAGAACAUUAAUAAAACCUCCCAGGAAAACUUUCAGGGACUCAUAGUAAAACGUUCUCAGAACCUCCCUGCAACCUAAAAAUUAACAUUCCCAGAACAGCCGAUAUUUUCACCAUUGUUCUCAGAACGUUCAGUUUUACUGGUUGGGAAACGUACGAGUUCGUUCCCAGAACCAAUGGGAAACCAAAAACGUACGUUCCCACAACUUCCAAGGAACCAAAUGUGCUUACUGGGUACUUUCCACAUUAAAUAUAUUUAUGUGAAUGGAACAGCACAUACAGAUACACAUGAAUGGAAGGAAAUUGUUAGCAUAAUUGUAUAUUGUUUGUUUUGGAUCAUUUGAGUCGUGGCUAACAUUGUGAGUCAGGUUGUCAUGUCAGUGAGUGCGGGGGAAGGAAAAAGCGCAUGACGCCUGAUCUGUGCAGUAUAUUGUAGCCGCCACUACAAUGAUCUUAUCUGUGAUCCGUGGUUGCCGUGCCAACACCAAUAUUCCGCCUGCUCUGUCAACAUGGUGACACAAUCGAUGCUGUGUUUACUGACUGUUUGAAGAGCUGCUUGACUGGAGUCAAUUCUGCCAUUGCCUGAUACACAGCAAAAUACAGUAUGUUAAUUCAAGUGAUUAGAAUUAUGACAUUGCUGACUAUUUCAUAUGUUAGUUUCUCGCAAGGAGCAUAUAGCAGUGGCUUUCUGUGUUGAGUUCUGAGUGUGUGUUUUCUGUUUCCCCUCCUCUCAGCAGGAGCAUCCUCCUGUAGAGGAGGUCCUCUCUCGCCCCCCCAACUCCACCUCCCACCCCCCUAUCACCAAAUGUGGUGACCUCGAGGUCACCCUGGACUACAAGGCCGCCUCUCAAAAGCUGUUGAUUACCGUGGUGACGGCGCGGGGUCUCCCAAACAAAGGCCGCAGUGGGAUGGACUCGUGGCAGGUGCACGUGGUCCUGCUCCCGACAAAGAAGCAGUGCCAUAAGACCUCCGUCCAGAAGGGGUCAGUGCCUGAAUUCAACGAGACCUUCCGCUUUUCCUGCUUGGACCCCUCGGAGCUUGGCGACUCUGCCCUGCGCUUCCACCUCUACGCCCUGGUGGGCAGCAUGUCCCUCGAGCACAUGAUGGGGGAGAAGGUGCUCCGCCUUGGGGGGCUGAGCUUGUAG